CAGGCGCUCGAACCCAUUCCCAUAACAGUGCCGCCGAAGACUCCGACCUCCGCGUCGGCGCCCAAUGUGUUUAGCGGCGGUGACGAGAGUGAGGAGCCGCCUGUGCCCGCACAGUACGCCACUUACGCUUCGUUUCCCGUCGACGUUAUCGUCUACUUUCACGUCCAGCCGACUGUUGUCCGCUUUUGUUGCCUUCCGGUCUCACGCGUUGAAUGUUUGCUUCACUUGCCGUCAAUUGAUUUGGUCUUUUCGUCGAAACGCUCGUCAAACGAAGAGUUACCGUCGGGUCAAUGCUCUCCACCCAAGUAUUCCCGUUAUGGACACAAGACGUCAACUGAAUCCAACCCAACGGCGUCGACCACCAACACAUCGAUGGGUGGUCUGAGUGUCACCGGAUGUUUGGCCGACUUCUCGCUCUAUAUCUUCCAUCCAUACGGCGGGCAGAAGAAGACGGCGGCCAAAGAGAUGGCCGGCGAGUCGAUGGCCUAUUCGGACCGCAAAGACUCGCUUAGUCUUCAGGUAGAGUUCGUCAAAAUCAAUAUCUCUCGCUCUCGAAAGCUGUCGAUCGGCGACUCAAUCGCUCAGAGUUUCCGUUUCUCCGCCACCUGUGAUAUCGGAAGCGCUUCAUUCAAGUACGACAUGCGGCGACUCAACGAGAUUCUGGCCUUUCCUAAGGCCUGGUAUCGCAAAUCCAUUUGGAAGCGUAUGUUUAUCGGCGAUCACACCAUAAACGCCUUCUUCAGCGAUCAGGAAGAAGAGGACGACUCACUUAACGACAGCAAAGACCUGUCGGACAGCAGUUCCGAAGAGUCGAACCAAACGGCGACCACUGUUCGCACGUUUCACAAGACAGACACGUCUAACGCCAGUCGCGAUCGAUUGCGGCUCAAUUUGGACGAACCGGCGUCGGGUCGACGGCAAGUGUAUCGACACACGAGUCGCAGCGAUUCCCGACCACUACUCGCGGCCAACAAUCCGUGGGAAACACUCGUAUUGUUUUCGGUAAAUCUGUCCAAAUUGAACAUAACUAUGAAUAUGGGAAAUGUUAUGGGAAACACAAGUUGGCUGACCCGUGGCCUACGCUCUGACGGCCGCAUAUCCAUCGACUCGAGCGGUCGCAAGAGCUAUAAGAUUGGUCUCGCGCUCGACGGCUCAACACUGGACGCAAAGGGCGGUAUUGUUGGCGGGAUUAUAGAGUUGAGUCAAAUUAAUACCGAGAUGUCGGUGAAAGAGGUGAAAGGCAACGAACCGCAGCAUCAGUUCAUCUGUUCUCUGCACACUUUGGAGAAGCGAAUUGAUUACAUGGGAACCAGUAUUUUGAUGCUAAGGGUAUCGGAUCUGGACAUCACUUUACGCGACGAAUGGCGCAUAGAUUUGAGUAAAAAUUAUCAGUCGUCGCAUCCGACCAAACGGCCGGCGCUUAUCUUUAUUCACGGAGUACUCAAUUGGGAUCAAAUGCAGAUCUUAAUGUCCAAAUCCACGACACCUGACAUUAUGAAGAUUAUCGCCAAACUGGAGGAGUUCUUUACACAACAGUUCCAUUCGAGUAAACGUGUCUUUUCGUCGCUCCAGACGUAUAAUCGGCAGUCGUUUAAAGGCAAGAGUCAGGCGUCGAAACGAACGCAAAGUGUGAGCAGCGGUUCACCGCAAUUGACUGUCAGCGGUUCCCAACAGACACAACAAUCGGCCGAAAACGUGUCCAUCACUACCGAAGCGCGUCAUCACCGGCACUGGCAGAGAGCCCUACGGCUGGUGUCGGGCGUCCACUUGUCAACCCUCCCGAACCCACUGCCAAUUCACGGCACAAUACUCGGCGGCACUCUUGAACUCCGGGCGCAGAACAUAUCGCUCGCCUGUUUCUAUGGCAUUAACUUUCGGUCCAAGAGUUGGGGCGCAUUCAGUCUCAAACACACGUCCAUAUCGUUCGCCACCGAAGCCCAAAACAUUGUCAACGAUUCCGGCGCUUUGGACACACAUGUGGUGCAGAACCUAUCCUUCCUAUUGGGCCGCAACUCAAGCGAACAACAGUCGCGCAAAACAAUGGCCACCGUAUGCAAGAUCUCGAGGAAUGUGAUGUUUCCGCCGCAGUUUCGUCACAUGCAUGAGUGGUUUCACUACGCGUUCAGCGCCUCCGAGAUCGACGACGUGGACCGCUUCCCGGCGGUGAUGGAACUCGACAUCUUCGGCACUCCCAUCCCGUCCACCAACGAGUACUAUACGCCGGCGCCGGCCCGCGACCGGCGCGCCUCCGCCAGCCCUAAGACCAGCGGCGACUAUCAUCACACCCAAGAGGUGAUCUUCGCCUUCCCCAGCAUGCAGUUGGAGCUGAAGACCGAACACUUGCAGUCGACCGCCACACCCAACCCGCCCGACCCCAAGCCCACUGUCGACUGCGCUUUCGUGUCCGACUUUGACGAUCACAUCUUCGUGGCGGUGGACGCCGAGGCCUACUUCUUCCUCCACGAACUCAUCAGCUCUUAUAUCACCGAAAAGGACACUAAUUUCAUGAAAAGUCAUUCGCCGAGCGCUGACAAGAGCCAGAAGUCGACCACUGAGUCCCUCGAAGCCAUGCAAAGGGAUUACAGAGACUUUAUAUGUCACGUAUGGCAUUUGGAGCCGACUGUGCGUCUGUUGUCGUGGGCGGGGAAGAACAUCGAGCCAUACGGUGUCGACUAUAUUCUUCAGCGGUUGGGCUUCAGUCAGGCGCGGACAACGAUUCCCAAAUGGAUCCAAAGAACAACAAUGGAUGGCUUCGAUAAACUACUGGCGCUCACAAUGUUUGGGAUGUUAAUGAAGGCCAGGGAAGACAUGAAAGAUAAUGCCGACAGAUGU